CUUGCUAAUGAAUCCACUCCUAAGUGAUCAUUGAAGUCUUACGUUUGCGUAACACGAGGUGUAGAGACCUCUGAAGGAUAUGUGAGCUCCUGAGAGGAAGUUUGGGGGGUGUCUGCGCUGAGACUGAUCCAGAAUCAGAUUUAUGGAAGGCAGCUGUUGUGGGUUUGACAGACAGACGGAUCGGAGCACUGCUGCGUAACACAAGCAGAUUCGAGUCUGCAGAGGAGUGUGUCAGAUCACACUAAAACAGCAAGGAUGGUGCGUGAGCAGUACUUCACCACCACAGAUGAGUCUGGGGCUCUGGCUCCAAUCACUGAUUACAUCUACAUGAUCGGCAUCUACGGCUGGAGGAAACGCUGCCUCUAUCUGUUUGUUCUGCUUCUCCUGAUCAUUCUGGUGGUGAACUUUGCCCUCACGAUCUGGAUCCUGCGAGUCAUGUGGUUCAAUACGGAAGGCAUGGGAUACCUGCAGGUCAAUGAAGAUGGACUGAGACUGGAGGGAGAAUCUGACUUUUUGUUCCCUGUCUAUGCCCAGGAAAUUGACUCCAGAGAGGAUUCAGCUCUUCUGGUGCACUCCUCUGAAAAUGUUACGCUCAAUGCUCGCAAUGCCAAUGGUGAUGUAACAGGAAGUGUGUCCGUAGGUCCCAGUCAGGCUGAGGGUUUUGGCCAACACUUUAAUAUCAGUUCCAACCAUGAUGAAAAUGUAUUUUAUGCAGAUGUAAAUGGAGCCGUUGUGGGAAAAGGAAAGCUCCGUGUAACAGGUCCAGAAGGUGCUAUCUUUGAGCAUUCUGUCAGGACUCCACUGGUCAAAGCAGUACUUAACAAAGAGCUAAAACUAGAGUCUCCAACACGCUCUCUCAGCAUGGAUGCCCCAAAAGGCGUUCAUGUCAAAGCCUUGGCUGGAAAUGUUGAUGUGACGGCACACUUUGAUAUUCAGCUACACUCAACUGCAGGACUGUUGAUUUUAGAUGCUGAAAGUGUUCGUCUGCCGACGUUACCUGUGGGAGAGGCCAGAACGUCAGGUGACUCUCAGGGAAUGUACAACACAUAUGAAGUGUGCGUUUGUCCCAGCGGUAAGCUUUUCAUCUCCAGAGCUGGCGUCUCUUCGACCUGCAACGAGCGCCAGGACUGCUGAAUGACCUGUCCAUAACGCCCACACUAGAAACAAAUCGUGUUGUUACAUUGUCUUGGGCAAGGUUAAAAAAACCCAUCAUAAUAUGUAUUAACAUGUUAAUGAAGAUCAGAGGGUACAUUAAUCUGUUUGGUUGGGGUUUUAUCACGAUAGGGAAGAUGAAAUAUACAGUAUAUACAACACACUCCCAUGGCAAUUUGUAACUAUUUAUGUUUUGGUGAAUUGGUGGUUAUAAAUUCGUACAAUCUCAUUCAUGUUUCCAUACAAUCUGCCUACUCCCCACUGACGUUUAGGUUUAAGGGACGAACGUUUAGAUUUUAAGGUUAUUAUUAUAAAUAUGUCUAUGUAUGAAGCACAUUGUAUGAAUUCAUACAAAAUCGCCUUGUAAAAUUGUUACAUUUUCUAAUGAGAUUGGGUUGUGUAGACUGUACUUUAUACUAUAUGGAACAAAAUUAUUGUAUGUUUUCUCCUUUUUUUGUAUAAAAAUUGUUCAAAAUUAGGCUGGGCAAUAAAGGGGCUGGUAAACAGCUGACAUCCUAUGCAAUAUAAUUUUGAGGUGCAAUAAAUAACCAAAUUCUG